ACUUUCGAUACUAUAAAAUAAUUUAAAAAAAACUUAAGUCACUGUCAAAGUGCGAUCUUAGUUUGAUUAUUCUUCUAGUUUGACAGCGGAUAGGCAAACAUGUCGGCCCACAAGACAUUUAUUAUUAAGCGCAAGCUAGCGAAAAAGUUGAAACAAAACAGACCUAUCCCUCAAUGGGUUAGAAUGCGCACUGGGAAUACUAUUCGUUACAACGCUAAGAGGCGUCACUGGAGGAGAACUAAGCUCAAGCUGUAAGCUGACUGUCUUGUAGCUGUUAAGUGAAUAAAUUCAUGUGAAAACUA